AUGCCGAUGAGCUCCUCGCCGGCGGUCGCGGUCGCGGUCGCGUCUGCGGCCGUGGUAGCGCUGGCUGUCGCUAACCGCGUGCUCUAUAAGCUCGCGCUGGUGCCCCUCAAGUCCUAUCCCUUCCUCCUCGCUCAGCUCACCACGUUCGGGUACGUCACGGUGUACUUUUCAAUACUCUAUGCGAGGUACCGCGCGGGGGUGGUGACGCGGGACAUGCUGACACUGCCGAAGAUCCGGUUCGCUGUCAUCGGCUUGCUAGAGGCUCUUGGGGUCGCCGCUGGAAUGUCUGCGGGAGCUAUGCUGCCUGGCCCUGCUAUUCCUAUACUGUCUCAGUCUUUCCUGGUGUGGCAGCUUAUCUUCUCUGUGUUGCUUUUGGGAAAGACCUACUCUCUGAGACAAAUCAUUGGUUGCUUGCUUGUAACUUCUGGUGUGAUUCUUGCUGUUGCGAGUGGGGCAAAUGAUGGUCAUCUUCUAUCUGGAGUCAAGUUAAUUUGGCCAUUGCUGAUGGUUGUUUCAUCGGCAUUCCAAGCUGGUGCAUCCAUUUUGAAGGAGUCUGUUUUCGUUGAUGGUGCAAAACGUCUUAAAGGGAAACGGCCUGACAUCUUCGUGGUUAAUUCAUUCGGAUCUGGGUUUCAGGCUCUUGUUGUCUUCCUUCUUCUCCCAUUACUUUCUAAUUUGAGGGGGAUUAAGCUUGCUGAGCUUUCUGGCCAUUUAAAUGGUGGUGCUGAGUGCUUCUUAAAUGUUGGGGAGAGCCCAAUUGAUUGUGGAGGUGCUCCAUUCCUACCAUUGCUUUUUAUAUUCGUAAACAUGGCUUUCAACAUCUCGUUGCUUAAUUUGGUAAAGAUGUCGUCUGCCGUGGUUGCUUCACUUACAGCAACUUCCGCCGUGCCAAUAUCAAUCUACAUCCUUUCUCUUCCUUUGCCCUACAUCCCUCAAGGCGCGGAAUUAAGCGCUUCUUUUAUCUUCGGUGGCAUUGUAUUGUUGAUGGGCCUAAUUCUGUAUAACCUUCCCCAAUCAUCUAAAGAGUCAAAGACUGACUAA